AUGUCAGAAAACACGAGCAAUGUCAAGCCAUUGCCAGUAAAACGUCGUCGCAGCUUUGGUGGUAAGAAUGGAGUUUGGUGGAGCCGACGAAGAACACCCAAAACUAAUAAUAGUGACACACCAACAUCACAUUCUUCGUCUCAUGGUGAUGAUGGUGAUGAUGGUGAUUCACCAAAACAAUCUUCACCAAAUGACGCCGGAAUUGAAUGGGACGAAGACCUCUGUCGUCCAAUCUAUCGUACCAAGACCACGGCUCCUCCUGGAUCCAUCCUCAGUGAUGGAAAUCAUGGUGGUGACGAGAGCAUUGAAUCAUCCUCUCUAGAAGAUGAUGGUGACGAUGAUGCCUCUCCUACCCCUUCGUCACCAACCUCUUCACGGUUGCCACAAAAAAACAAAAGCAGUGAUUCCAUCAGCAAACGAUUGUGGAUGAAAGCACCAGUGAAACGAAACAAGUCCUUCGGAACCAGGAAACGUGCUUAUAGUUUCUUGCUCCAUGAACCAUCCUCAUCUUCCUCUUCGAAUUCCUCGUCGCCAUUGGCGUCUCAACAGGAUUCUGUCGAAAGCAGCAGCAACGCUUCCACUUCGGCAUCCACCACACUAUCCUUCUCGGAGGCAGCAGCAACAGCAGCAAGUGACAUCAAACCACCCAACAACAACAACAACAACAACAACAAGAAAAAACGUCGACCACGACGCGUGUUGCAAAAAGACGAAGCAACCUUGCAAAAGGCCAAACAAUUUUUUGAACAAUUGGAUGCCGAACGUCUCACAGUCGAUUCCGCCCAAUCGCCACCAUUGGCCUCCAAGGUGACUCGGACCAGUUACAAGGUGAAUUUACAAAGUCCACGGCUGAAACGCGAGUACAAGGCCUAUUCCAUGGCCAGUAAGGAGUCGGGAGUGACUCCUUGGUCCAUGGAAAUCUAUGCAUCCUGUCGACGGGAGUACUUUCGAAAGCGAGAACUCUUUGAUGGCUUUUUGGAUGGUUGA